GAUUUUCUUGAAAUGUUGGAGGUGUCUUCCCUUGCUUGUGUGCGCGCGUAUCCGAGCCGUGUAAUCCAGUCGUGUUUCAUUCUUUUCUCUUGUUUUGCUUCAUCGUAAGUACUCACUGUCCGUUUUAUGACUGCUACCCUUUUCCAAAAGAUGCCCUAGCUGUCUUGGUCGCAAGACGAUCUUUUGAUGCAUGUCAAUUUGAUCUCCUUGGGAAUCAUCACGUAGGAGUCAGGGAGCGAGACAGGGAAAGCGCGAUGGGGAAAAAUCAAGGGAUCCUAGUUGAAAAUGUAAGAGGAUUUUUAUUUAGCAGCCACUGAUAAGAGAUUAGGGCGACAGCAGUGGAAGUUAAAUUGUGCUGCAUAUAAAAUGGGCGGGCUAGUCUUUAUAUUAGGUCGGUACAGCCUAUUCCCAAAUUAAAUGCUCUGCGCUUGGACACAGUCUGUUUGCUAUGCACUUUAUUUACAGGCACGAUCGAUCAACCAAAUCAUUUAUUUUGGAUAGAGACCCCAGUACACAGACCAGAUGUGUUAGUUUAGUAGAACAUUUCUUUUGUUGCUGACAGACUGAGAGAGUUCAACUCUCUACAGCACCACCAAUGAACAGUGAGAGAGACCUGCGCAUAUCGUCAGCAGCCGCUUCUCCAGCCUCAAGCUAAAAUUCGUCAGAUCUGAGAUCACAGAGGAUUUUUCUCAUUCAGUCCGGUUAGAAACGAUAUUCUCAAAAGUUUGAGGAUAUAGCCAGCGGACAGCGAGUACACACCGACUCAUCUGCUUGAAAGGUCCUCAUAUUGCAACUAUGUGUGGACGGAGCAGGACGGCCUCUCUGUGUCUGUGGGCUUGCCUGCUUGUCGCCAACAGCGUACUGGGUGGGAAAAGUUCUGGGCAGAACGGCAUGACAGAUGAACAAAAAGAUAACACUACAGUGUUCACCAAGAUCUUAGACAGCCUUCUGGAUGGCUAUGACAAUCGCCUCAGGCCAGGACUGGGAGAGCGUGUAACUGAAGUCAAGACUGACAUUUUCGUGACUAGUAUUGGGCCGGUUUCGGACCAUGACAUGGAGUACACCAUUGAUGUGUUCUUCAGACAAAGCUGGAAGGAUGAAAGGUUGAAAUUUAAAGGCCCAAUGGCCGUGCUACGUCUUAACAACCUGAUGGCCAGCAAGAUCUGGACCCCCGAUACCUUCUUCCACAAUGGCAAGAAGUCGGUGGCUCACAACAUGACCAUGCCAAACAAGCUGCUGCGAAUUACAGAGGAAGGAACACUGCUGUACACCAUGAGGCUUACAGUAAGAGCAGAAUGUCCAAUGCACCUGGAAGACUUCCCUAUGGAUGCCCAUGCUUGUCCACUGAAGUUUGGCAGCUAUGCCUACACCCAAGCAGAGGUGGUGUAUGUGUGGACCAGAGGGGCUGCCCAAUCCGUGGUGGUGGCAGAGGAUGGGUCCAGAUUAAACCAGUACGAUCUGAUGGGGCAGAGUGUGGAUUCUGGUGUGGUGCAGUCCAGCACAGGACAAUACGUUGUGAUGACAACCCACUUCCACCUAAAGAGGAAAAUUGGUUACUUUGUGAUCCAGACGUAUCUACCCUGCAUCAUGACAGUCAUCCUCUCCCAAGUGUCUUUCUGGCUCAACAGAGAGUCCGUCCCUGCCAGGACUGUCUUUGGAGUGACCACUGUCCUGACCAUGACCACACUCAGUAUCAGCGCUAGGAACUCUCUCCCUAAAGUGGCCUAUGCCACAGCUAUGGAUUGGUUCAUUGCUGUCUGCUAUGCCUUCGUCUUCUCGGCCCUCAUUGAGUUUGCCACUGUCAACUACUUCACCAAGAGGGGUUACGCCUGGGAUGGAAAAAGUGUGGUGCCAGAGAAGCAAAAGAAGAAGAAGGAGUCCCUCCUCAAGAAGAACAACACUACAGCCUACCCAGCUGCCACUGCUACAGCUUUCGCCCCCAAUAUUGCCAGGGACCCUGGAUUGGCCACUAUUGCCAAAAGCGCCCCACCACCCCCAACUGAGCCCAAGGAGGAGCCAAAGCCCAAGCCUCCGGAGGCCAAGAAGACCUUUAACAGUGUGAGCAAGAUAGACAGGAUUGCCAGAAUAGCCUUCCCUCUGCUCUUUGGAACCUUUAACUUGGUCUACUGGGCGACCUACUUGAAUAAGAAGCCCAAAUUGCAGGGGAUGAAUCCACACUAAUCCGUGUUUCAUUCCUUUACAAUUAUACCUGUGUUUUCUUUUUCACUUUCUUUCUUAUUUCUUCAAAAACAGGUGUUUAUUUUCAUUUUCAGACAAACAUGGUGUCCAUGCUGGUUUGAAUUCCCAGUUGUUACAUUGAUUUUAUGUUUACCUAAAGUUUGAAGAUUUUGAAAAAACUAAAUAGAGAGUGAAAAAAGACAGAUAAUGAUACAGACUUUUGAAAGGUUGUUGUCCAGGUCUCGGGUGAUGCUACUAAGAAAAUGCUACUAUAACUAUAUAGCCCAGAGAAUGCUAUUCUACAACUGCACAUAGCCCACACUUGUGGGGCUUUGGUUUGUUUUCUUAUUUUUUAAUUUGUACUAUUUUCUUUAAACAUGGAAUAACAGAAACAGUAAAAAGGCACUUGUGUAUAUGCAUGGGCAGGGCAUCUUUCUAUUUAUGUUUAUUUAUUGAAAACACAGAUUAACAUUGACUGAUAGCUUAGUUUAUUUGAUAUCAGCAGCAAAAAUGCUACGCUCAUUCUCUGUCAAAAUAUCUUCAAUUCUCUUUAGGUGUUUUAUGAGAUUAAUUAUGUCAUUCUUCAAAAUAUGUUAGGGUUUCUGCAAUAGCAAUAAAACAUGUCUCAGUGGACACACCAUUUAUUUAGGGGUUAAAAAAUACAAAAAUUCAAUCAUCUCUGUGCUCAGCAUUGAAAGUAUUGAUUUCUUUUCACAGCAUUGUAAAUAUUAAGUAUUAGAGAUGUCAAUAUCAUGUUUAGGCUUUGCAAAGUGUAACUAAAGGGUAUGUUUAUUGAAUACAUGGAAAAGUAAACUUUUCUUUGUUUUCUUUAUUUUUUGUUUCUGUUCAUGACACUUUCUUCAAAAAGUGUAUAUACUGGUCUAAUUCACGCUUAAGUGACUGUUUCUCACAGAGUUUGCGUCCCAUUCAAAGCUGCUUUCACACUGAAGUAAAAUAUCAUUCAACUGUGUGUUUGUGUACACACUGACGGCAACAACAGCAACAACAACAUCAAAGGUUUAAUCUGAGAUUGGCUAGUAACGAGAAUGUAAAAAAUCAUCUUGAAACCUGGAGUGCUUUUGACCUUUAGAUUUAAAACACAUUAUUUACUUCUUUUGUUUGUUUUAUUUAUGAUUGGGCUUCGUUUGCCGAAACGCCAUUUUUAGCAAAGUGCAGUUGGCAUCGCUUGAAGAAGGGUGGGGCACAUUGAGAAGGAGGAGAAGUGCCUUUUUCAUAACCAGAGUUCAAGUUGUGAUAGCUACUGCUUUGUUGAUUGAUGGCGCGUCUAUAUUUUCAAAUAGUUUUAAUCCCUCUUUGUCCCCUGACACUGUUUGCAUAGUCUCCAUCUCCUUUCAGUUGAAAAUUGAGACAUAACACUCAGAAAGUACCAGCUACACUGCCUUCAGAAUCACAUGCCCGUUUGGACUCAUUUGUUGCUGCUUGUUGGUGAGCAACAGCGAGAGACAGGGACAGAGACAGAAAGAGACAAAGAGAGAAAGGAGACGUUCAGUUGAAGUGGCACUGUAAUCUUGCUUUGGCCGGCGCUGUGUUUCGCACAGAGGACUUGUCUUGUAGUUCCACGAUAGUGACGAAGAUGAAUAUAUUUUUCUAGCAUGAUGUCAAUCCCUCUUCCGAGAAAAACCAACAGAAACUAACGCAAAUGCGAAAAGAAUGCUUUUGUUUUUGUCUUGAACAUUGCUUGCUCCUUUUUCUUUUAACUAAUAUAUAUAU